AUGGCCAAAGCCAUCGAGGCCAAGUCUUUAAGCGAUAUCAACGAUACUGCAAAUAAUCCACCACAAUACUUCGAAUCAGCUGCGGGGGCGAAGAAGCAGGACCCCCUCGUUUUGUACAUCUCACGUGUGGUGGGGUUAAACGUUGUCAUUCUCUCCCCCGUUAUACCAAACGAGAGGGUCGUCUCGGCCGAGGAUGUCAAAAGCGCUCUGUAUCUGGUGCAUGUAGACAAUCCUGUCCCUGCGCCAGUUCGAGGUGAAGCCGAAUGCAGAUCUAGCCAGGACACCCGCCGGCUCCCCCAGUCGAUCAUUCCACGAAGACCUGUUGGUGGCUCGGACCGUCCACUGACCCCCGAAAGUUCGCCAAGUGCAAGUCAAAGCCACCAGCCCUCUGCAAUAGAAGCUCCAGGACGGACUCUUUAUGGAUUGCACACAGCUAUGCCGCCGAAAAAGCCCGUUGGGUCCCAGUCUUCGCCUAGGACAUCAACCGAAACAUCGGCUUCCGCUCAAAUCGUAUCAAAAGACUCUUCUGAUCCACAAGAGCCUUCUGGGAAUACGCAAACGCACUGUAUUAAUUCAAUUUCAGUGCCUCGGCCGGAUACAUCUCUACCACCUACUAACUCUGCCAAUCAAAGCUCCCUUUCAAACUCACAGCCUAUAUCACAAGCCCACAGCAGAUCUCCGUCUCCACGGAAGCACAGCACAGCUUCUACUGAUAUGCCUCUGACGCUGACGUUGACCCGACAAAAUCCCGCCGCCCAGAAGUGGACAGUUGGAUAUAUUAGGCUGCCCGAGCUAGAAUCGUCUUCGGGAGAUGGCGACACGGCUUCAACGUCGACCACAAGUCCAAUGCAGCAUCACCCAAUAGACAUUGAAAUAAUACAAUCUGGAUACGCCAAAUUUCGCGAGCAUUGUGUCAGGAAAUAUAGCCCGACGGAAAGCGGCGACUUGAAAGCUGCAGCUGGGUCCACGGCACGAGGGAGCAUGGAUCAUCAAAGCUCAAUGUACGGAAACAAGGAGGCCUUCUAUCGUCGAGUCGCCAUGAACUACUCCAAUUCUUUGUUGACGAACGCGAAGGAGUUCGCCAGGAAUUUGACACGUAACAGAAGUGACAGCGCUGCAUCGGUAUCAUCGUACAAAAGCGACACUGCUGUAAAGCCAGACACCAUUUGUACAUUCGGAUCGCCGCCAGAGGGCAUGAAAGCCCGCGGAUACACAUUUGUCAGUCCAUGGGAGGGCCAAUGUCACUUCUCAACGGGGAAACAUGGAAACAGUCUCCAGUGUUUUUACAUACCCCCCGCGACGGCCACCGUCUACAGCAAUUCCCUGGUCAAAACUAGUCACUCGGAAUCCACACUGAUCAGUACGCUGAGUUACAAUCUUGCGCUUUCACCGGUCCAAGCCAAGGGACCCACGGGAGUACUUGGAAAGGUCAUAGACUGCUGCAGCAAAUCGAGAAAGAGCAAUAUUCCCUCUGACUCUCGCUACGAGUCAUCCUUCACUAGCCUUGGGGCUGAGCGAGCCGGCGGCGGUCUAAAUGGCAGGGAAGCAAAACUGGCCACGUUAACUAUUUAUGACGAUGGUUUGAAGAUGCUUGAUCUGUUAGUGGCAGCCAACAUUGGAGUAUUUUGGAGAACUUGGGAGAAGUUUGCUCCCGCUUCCACUGAACAGAAGCAUGUCUCUGAGGCGCAGAUUCCGUUUCCAUCCAUCGAAGAUCACAGUUGA